AUGGGUAUGAUUACAAAAGUUAGGACACAACGAGGGCGAGAGCGGUUUGUGCUGGUUGAUAAGGUUGAUGAGGAGAUGGAUCGGGAUGAUCAUGCUCAGGGCGACGAGGUUGAGCGAGAGAUUGAUCGAGAGGCUGUGCACCCUCAGGCUCGUCGCUGGGUUCAGCAUAGGGUCUCCAACAAGGAGUCAUCCGUUGAUCAGUUAUCCGAAAUCUGUGCUGGAUUGCAAUCCGAUUUCCAGCCGGCGGAUGCGUAUCUAACUUCGAAAUGGAAGCAGGAAUCCGCCUCCUCCAACGCCAGAGGACCUGAAUCCGAGACAGAGAAAUGCUCCAUGGAGAGUUGGGAGAACGUGUUGCCGGACGCAUCUCCGGAGCAGGAGCAAGAGCAGGAGCAGUCUAUUUCCCGGUGGAUUAUCGGCGAUGUGGACGACUUCGCCACCGCUAGUUUGAGCAAGGUUCUUCAAAUCGGUACCUCCGCCGACGCUAGUGGCUCAGCCGCCGCGGAGUUAGGGUUUCACGGUGGAUUUGGGACUGUGGAUUACGGAUUCGCCGCAGACGACGACCAAUUCGGUACGAAGUCGAACCCUUCCAUUUCCGCUUUCCUCCAUAGAUCCACUGCAGAAAACCUCGAUUCCUCCACAAAUUCACUAAACAUAAUCAAUUUCACCUCCGCCGCCGCACUCCACCACCAUCAGCAGGAUACUGCAUUCGAUUCAUCCGCAGAAAUAAAACCCCCAAUAUUCAACCCACAGUUUCUCAUAAACCAACACCAAUCCCACCACAAUCAGAACCCCUCAUUUUCCCUUCCUUUUCCUUUUGCCUAUCCACAGCACCAAGGCCUAAUUGGUGAGCUCCAUGGCCAUGUCUUCAAUGGCUGUUUUUGGGACACAGGGCAGGAAGAAGUGUUCAUAGGUAGUAGGCAUCACAAACAAGGUCAGCUGCAAAGGCCUAGUCCGAAUCCGAAGCCGAAAACUGGCGUUGGGGAUGAACUAGGGCAGCAUUCCCACCAGCAGCAUCGGCAAUUGAUAAUCGACCAGCUAUACAAGGCUGCCGAAAUGGUCCAGAUGGGAAAUCCGGUAAUAGCGCAAGGGAUAUUGGCGCGGCUCAAUCACCACCUCUCGCCCGUCGGAAAUCCUUUCCAGAGGGCUGCUUUUUACUGCAAGGAGGCUCUUCAAUCAGCCCUCCUCAAUAAUGGCAACAAUCCUGUUAAUCCAGCCUCUGCCAUUUCGUCGCCGAUUAAUAUUGUUUUCAAGAUUUCUGCUUACAGGUCUUUCUGCGAGAUCUCACCCCUCCUGCAGUUCACCAAUUUUACUUGCAACCAAGCCCUGCUUGAAGUGCUAGAUGGUUUUGAUCGUAUUCAUGUCUUUGAUUUUGAUAUCGGGUAUGGCGGGCAAUGGGCAUCGCUGAUGCAAGAGCUUGCGAUUCGAGGUGGAGGUGCGAUACUGCUGAAAAUUACUGCGGUUGUUUCUCCUUCAAUGCAUGAUCAGCUAGAACUUGCCCUCGCUCGCGACAAUCUGGUUCAAUUUGCGGGGGAAAUCAAUAUUGGAUUCGAGUUUGAGGCUGUGAGCAUCAAUUCUUUGGACUCAAGAUUAUGGCCUUCAUCUUUCAACCUAUUGAAUAACAAUGCUGUGGCAGUACAUCUUCCAAUCGGUUGCCUCGCAACUCAUCAGUUGUCACCUCUGUCGACUCUUCAAUUCGUGAAACAGCUCUCGCCGAGAAUCAUUCUUUCUGUCGAGAGAGGAUGCGAUCGGACUGAUCUUCCAUUUGCCAGCCAAGUUAUCCAUGCCCUUCAGUCAUAUUCGAAUCUGAUCGAGUCCCUCAAUGCUGUCAAUGUCAAUAUGGAUUCGUUGCUGAAGAUUGAGAAGUUCUUGCUCAAACCAGGAAUCGAGAAAAUCGUGAUGGGCCGUAUUCUUCAGUCCCCUGAAAAGUCGCAGCACUGGAGGAGUCUGUUCUUGUCCGCCGGAUUCUCCCCGGUGACGUUCAGCAACUUCACCGAAUCGCAAGCAGACUGCAUUGUGAAAAGGACUCAUUUCCGAGGGUUUCAUGUGGAGAAGAAACAGUCCUCGCUCGUCCUCUGCUGGCAAUGGAAGGAGCUCAUCUCCGCCACCGUAUGGAGAUGCCGAUGAAGGUAUAGUACUCUUGCAUACUUGCAUAUUUGCUAUCGACUUUUGAACGAACUUUAGCAUGGUUUAGUAUCAAUCUUUGAAGUAGUACUUAUAGUUCGGUAUCUCACAUAGUGAGAAAAAAAAAAAAAACCCGUGCUAUUUUCAUGUCUAGGCGAAUUUGACCCCUUGAUCGAGUUUAGUGAAUUUUAUGCAUGCCGAUCAUUUUUGUGCCUGUCUUAACAACCAACGGAAUUCGGACAUCCAAACUUUUCUAUUAUGGGCGUCUUCUUUUCUUACAACAUCCAGCAUUUUGUUUUAAAUUCGUAGUGCAACGAUAAGCUCCAUGUUUCAUAUUGUUGAUGUUCUUGGUUUAUGUUAUUUUUGCUGAUGAUCUAUUGAAGUUAGUUAGUUUGUUUAGUUUUAUACUUGAAUUGCAUGAUGUGAAAGCGAUAGAGAUUAUCGUAUCACACUCACUCGGUACGUUAUCAAUCUCACAAUGAUCUACUGUAGUCAGUCAGUUUGUCGAGUUUUAUACUUUCUUUGCAUGAAGAUGUGAAAGCGAUGGGGAUUAAAGUAUCACAUUUGGGAAUGAAUCAAUCUCAUGAUGAUCUAUUGAAGUUAGUUUGUCAAGUUAUAUGGUGUCCUCGAUAGAGUUAAUGUAAUACGUUAUCAAUUUCACGAAAGAUCUGUUGAAGUUA